AUGGAAUGUUCUGCAGCAUCAUCAGUCGAGGAUAUUAAACGAGAGAUACCGAUUGCCUCUAAGGCCACAGGCGUUGUUGCUCGAUUAACAAGUAAUAUGGCAGCAGAUAUUCAGUCGCUAAUAUUUCAGCGUCACAAAGUAGCAAAUGGCACAGCCGGAUAUGUCUACACUGCUAAGAAUUCAGGUCCAGCAUCAGAAAAAGUUGUUCGCUUGGGGCGUGAAGAGUGCUCGGAAGAGGAAGGAUGUGAUUAUGCAAUUGCAAUAGUCAACAGACGAACGGGGAAGAUAAACUACUUGCCUACUAAAUUGAUCUGUUUUGAAAAUGUCCCGGUAUCCGAUUUCCAAGAAAUACUAGAUUCUAGUUACAAAAGGAAAAUCGAUUAUUCCAUCGAUAAUAGUAUUAGCAGAGAAUCAUGGGCUGAUAAGCGGCGUGCAUUAACAGAUGAUUUUGGAUCAGUAAAAAAGAUUAAGAUGCAAGAUGCUGCCAAACGACGACAAAUCAAAGAUGAAACGUUAUCAGUUAUGCUUGGUUCGGCAUUCGCAGCGAAUAUGAAAAAAGAAGUUGAAACAGUGGAGAAAUCUGAAAUUUCAUUAUUAACGAAGGCUGAGAGUUCGGUGCUACCAAAAGCAAAUAUGGAUGCGAAAUCGCCACGGGAAGUAUAUUUGUUUUCAAACUUUUUAUCUGAUGCAGAAGUUAUCACAUUCAAAUCUGAAGCAUUUGAUCAUUUGAACGAAUCAAGAAAAAAUCUUAUUACAAAUGGUGUGUCGCCUCUUGUAUGUAAUCUGAUUGGUAAUAUUAGUAUAAAUACCGAACGGACUUGUUAUUUAUUGCUGUUGGAUGCUAUGAUACAUUGUUACAAGAUUUUGGCAAAACGUCGUUUUCUUUUGCAAAUAGAAUGGUUGCAGUUGCAGUAUCCAGUAACAGUGCUUUCUAAAAUUCGUGAACUUUUUCUCCCUGGUGAAUUUGUUAGCGAAAAUUUCAGAAGUAAACCAAAGUUGCCGAUUAAUUUAAUGGCCAAGGAUAGGUUAUUGGCGCAUAUUUUAUGCUUGGCGAUUCUAUUAGAUUAUGAAGGUAUGGCUUUACCAAUCACGCCAUGGGCUAAAGAGCUUGGAACUGCUGAACCGAAAAUUACCAAAAUGGCAGUUGCGCUUGGUUGUAACGUGAGUGCUGCAUCGGCAGCCGAGGGUGUUCGCUUGGGUACUUUAAGAAUAGCACGAUUAGUUGGACCACCACAGACAUCAAAAAAACGAUCUUCUGGACGACCGGGUGCUGGCAGAGGUCGCUAA